UCUUACUGGCGCAAAAGAAGGCCGCGACGUAUUUGCAACCCAAACGUCUGUCAAACAAGGAUGCACGAUGGAUGCGUGCCGGAUACAGUAGUCAGAAAAACACGGCUGCAGUCUGUCGAUCGACGCUGCAAUGGCAAUGCUUUGGCGGUGAUGGGUGUAGUUCGAGUCGUCUUGCACGAGCGUGAGUGGAGGAGCGACAGAGGCAAAGGCUUCACAGUGAAAGCGAGCGAGACAAGAGAGAGCUCAAACCGCCCACCGCUCUCUGUCAGGUUCACACGUCUCCGCCGUGUUCGUGGAUGGAAUAGAUCAGGGUCUGUGCGCCCGCUCUAAAAUGGAUGGUCUGCAGGGGUCCCUCUGACUUGCUGCAAGACAAUUGCGACAAAAAGAACAAAGAAUACACCCUUAUCUUGCCUUCACGGCCUUGCCGAGUAGCUAUUCCUCUCCGCUUUUCCAUAGUUCUUUCCUCUAUCUCUUGCGCUCGACUUUUGAGGUCGAUUGCGACUGGCAAGGCUCCAAUUAGGAGCCAAGGGCUAACAACACUUCCGCAUGGCUUAAACUCUGGCGCGCCACUUCCAUUAGUCCCGACAGCUUGCUGCUCCUUCCAUGUCGCGGGCACGGGGAGAUCACCUUCUACUUCGCUUGUCAAAUUGAGCCUCGAUAUUCGAGAAAGUCGCUUCCAUCUUGUUGUAUCACAAAUUCGCUGUGAAAUGGUGAACUCUGUCCCGUUCGAAUCAUCUCAACACGACUCCAUUCGAGUCGCGAAGGUUACGGGAACCAUGUUGAUGCAUUGAUUGACGGUGAUUGCCAAAACUCCGACAGCUCGUCAUUCGGUCCCGCCUGCCAUUUUUGUGGCUUGACGGAAGUUCGACCCUGUCUGGCC